AUGUUGGCCCUAUCCCAAGCGAGAUCAGCAAAUGGCACACCAUGUCAACUCCACAUUGAAUCCACCACCGAGGACACAUUCAACCAGCAAUGGUUGAUCAAAUCUGUUCCUGGAAGAUGCGAUGUGUACACGUUGCAGAACAUACGCACGGGGACGUAUUUGGACUUGAAUAAUGGGCUUGUGGCGAAUGCGACGCAGGUGCAGGGCUGGGAGGGUUUGUCUGCUACUGGGAUAGCGGGGGCGGGGAUGCAGAAACAGCAGUGGCACAUAGGACAGUUGUAUAAUUACGUACCUUACGAUAUAUUUAAAAAUGAUGAAUUAACGUAA